AUGUACGAGACCCGAUCUCGAAUGGGUUUGAGGGAGGAGUGCAUCUAUGUAUGCCUGGGAACUACUUUUGGCACAAAGCCUAUGGGAUGGUUCAUCCUCAGAAAAGGAGGAGGAGAAGGGAAUCGGAGGCUGAUCCCGAUCCCGAUCCCUUCGUUCCCAUCUCCGCGCAGAGCUACCUAUGUCUCCAUGGGAUGUGGGAUCUAUGUAAUUGGAGGAAUGAUAGACCCCAUGACGACAUCAUCGGGUGUCUCCUUCCUGGAUUGUCGGACUCACACGUGGAGCCAGCUUCCCUCCAUGAGAUUUGCUCGCCGUGAAGCCAAGGCAGGUGUCUUAGACGGUAAGAUAUACGUCAUGGGAGGCUGCGUUGGUGCAGACUGGGGCAACGACAAUCCAGAGGUUUUUGAUCCAAAGACGCAAACUUGGAGCAGUGUGUGUAUACCUGAUCCUCCGGUGAUGAACAAGGAG